GAGGUUUCACCAAUCAGUGCGCAGGAAGCUGUGAAAGACAGAAACAGGAGCCAAUCAUUGGGUCGACUUCUUUCUAAGCGACGCGCUCGCGCCACACAGGACGCGACCGUUACUGGUGGCGCGCGCGGAGACUCAAAUAGGCCAUGGAAGACACCCAGGCUAUUGACUGGGCUGCUGAAGAAGAGGAGGAAACAGAGCAAUCUGGUGAAUCCUUGGGGUAUAGCUUGGAGCCUGUAGGGCGACUGCGUGUCUUCGGCAGUACCUAUGGACCAGAAAAAGAUUUCCCACUGUACCUUGGGAAGAACGUGGUAGGCCGAAUGCCUGACUGCUCUGUAGCCCUGCCCUUUCCAUCCAUUUCCAAACAACAUGCAGUAAUUGAAAUCUCGGCAUGGGACAAAGCACCUGUUCUUCAGGAUUGUGGGAGCCUCAAUGGUACCCAAAUCCUGAGGCCACCUAUGGUCCUGAGGCCAGGGGUGAGUCAUCGUCUGAGGGACCAUGAACUGAUCCUCUUUGCUGACCUGCCCUGCCAGUACCGUCACCUGGAGGAGCCCAUGCCCAUGCCUUCCCGGGGUCCUCUCAGUGUGGAGGAAACCCCCAGGAUCCCGGGAGAUGCUCACGCCUCCAGACUUCCACUGGCUGAGGAUUCAGAUGAGGAGGAGGCAGAUUUUCUUUCUGAGAGGUGUAUGGAGAAAGAAUCAAGGAUCACAUCAUCCCCUUUGACAACAGUGGUUCCAGAAAGUGAUGAUGAGGGGCCUUCAGCCCUAGGUGGCUCUGGACCAUCUUCAGCUUUCAACUUGGACAGUGACACAGAUGAAGACGAAGCAGGGAAGGCCUCAGCAGUGAGGAACAGUGCCACAACAAAGGCAGAGCAGCCUAGAGGUGACAGAAUCACACGUGACCCUCGGCUGGUAAAGGCUCUACCUGCAGUGAAAAGAGACAGAGACACAGAAGCCAGGAAAGAUGCAGAGAACAGGGUGGCUCUAGAAAGGAGCAACCCUCCUGGAGAGGACAGUGACACAGAUGUGGACGAAGACAGCAGGCCAGCUGAGCUCCACCUGGAAAGAGCACAGCCUUCUGGCUUUGAGGACAGUGACACUGAUGUGGAGGAAGAGGGCGUCCCCGAGACCCCCGCUGCCAUUCUUGGGAAAAAGCGGCUGAUCUUAGGCGCAGCAAGCACAGGAGGCCCUGGUGCCCACGGCAUGGCACAUCCGCAGGAGAGCCCAGCUGGUAGUGACACAGAUGUGGAGGAGCAGAAGUGCCCAGCAGCAGGAAGCCAGGACUCCCUGGUGAUAAACAGUGACACAGAUGAUGAGGAGGAGGUCUCCGCUGCGCUCACCCUGGCACGGCUGAAGGAGGGCAGAGCUGCUUUGUGGAACAGAGGCAUGGGUACAGAAAGGACCAGAACCCAGCCUGAGGUCCCUCUGGAACAGAACCAAACCUCCCUGGACAGAGAUAGCAACUCAGCCCUAAAGAAGAGGCACCCAGUGGGAAGGAAAGAAACGCUCCCCAGUGCUCACAGAGGGAAGACUGAAGCCCUGGGUACAGCAGAGCUGGGGGCAAGCAGACCUCCCCAUGGGGACAGCAACGCGGGUGGGACAGCAGGUAAGCGCUCCCAUGGGACCCACCCAGAGAGCAGCCAAGCCUCCUCCACCACAGUGCACAUCAAGACAGAAGUGGAGGAGGGAGCCCCACUGGGGCUAGCUGUUGCACAUCUGGAGAGCCGUCAGGCACCUGUGGAGGGGACAAACCACACCACAAAGCAGCUUGUACAGCCUCUAGAAGCCAGGCCUUUUGACAAAGCUUAUGCAGAGGGGGACUCUGCCUCAGCAGUGGCAGCUGUGCGACAGAUCCAGCGUGUGGCAGGAGGGGAUGCUCAGGAGAUGGCUCCAGAAGUGGGGACCCCUGGCAGGGCACCUGCAGUGCAAGGGGAACAGGUGGUACACACUGUUACCCCAGGAAACCCCACCCUGCCACAGAGAGGGGGAGCACGGACCCCCGCAGGAAGGAAGCAGAAGUCCUAUUUGACCAGGACCAGAAGCUCCAAAGACAGCCAUGAUGCAGGCUGUGAAGAUCUGGACCUUCAAGCCACCCAGUGCUUUGUGGAGAGCGAGAGCCUGGAAGCCAUCCAAGGUGUGGAGGACGAGCCCACCCAGGCCUUCCUGUGUAUGUUCUCCCCGGAGCCUGGCCCUUCCCACUGCAGCUCUCAGGCCCCAGAUGCCCUGGAUGAGCCAUGGGAAGUCCUGGCCACGCAGCCAUUCUGUGUGGGAGAGUCUGAGCACCCUGAGCCCCGACUCACUGCCACCUGCCUGCAGGCCCCCAGGUCUCAUCUGUCUCCACCAAGGGUGGCACCACAGGAUCAGCGUCCAGGGACCCCAGCUCAUGUGGAGCCGUUGGGGACAGAAGGCAGAGAGCUGCAGACUGUGAAGAGAGACAGGGGUACAGCAAGAGAAAUAGCAGAGAGGGUAACCCCAGAGAGAGGGACAUCAGAGAGGGAAAUCAAGGAGCAGCGAGCAGGAGAGAGCACAGAGCAGCUGGAGGAGGAAAAAUUAGCUAGGAGGAUAAAGGACAGAGAGCCGGAGAUGCAGGUGUUAGCUGGAACUGCUCAGACACCAGCGUCUCACAAAAAGGUGGACAGCAUGAGUCCUGAUAAGGCCAGGGGGAGCCUGAAGGAAGAAGCAGAGACACCCAAGGAUGCAUACAUGUGUGCAAGCAACAGUCUUGGGGAGACUGUCGAGAGAAGAGCUCUCAAGGGAGUCGCAGAGAAAUGGGUGCUGGAUGCAGAGUGUGGGGUGGAGGCUGGGUUAGCAGUGGCCCUGGAGAGAGGAGAGUCAGAGCAAGGGUACAGGGACCCAAAAGGGCAGGGCCCCCGGGAAGGGCAUGAUGCCCCAGUAAGCCCAGAGCCUGGAAUCGGGGAGGGGCACCAGUCAGGUGGAGCAAGGGAAGCCCCAGUGAACCCCAGCGGGCAGCCCAGAGGCCUGGAGGAUGGCAAGAUGCCCCCUGCUGAGAGUGCUUCCAGGGAUGCUCCCCUGCCUGCUGCAGCACCCCAAGCCUUGGUCCCACACCUGGGCCCCUUUGUCUCUCAGAGCCAAAAAUGUUCCGCACCUCAGCCCCUGCUUCCUCCACUGCCGUCUUCCGAGCCACCCGUUCCUGGGCCGGGGCGUGCUGGGAGGCAGGAGGCUCCAGAGCCCGCCCUGUCCUCAGAGCUGAAGACUUCCCGGCCCAAGCCCAGUGGCAGGCACCGACCCCGCUGCAGGAUGACAUCUGCUGCGCUCCCCUCCGCCGCCCAUGUACUCUGCCUUCCUGCUCCCAUAGAGCAGCCUUCAGCCUCAGCUCAGACCAGUCCAGCCAGAACACAGAGGUCCUCUGUCAGGACCCCUGAAGCAGUUGUGGUGACAGCCCUCAAUCUCCAGCCAUCUACAUCUGCAGACCGGCCUGUUGUCCCCAAGCCCAUGUCUCGGGCCACUCGGGGCAGGGUGAACAAGUCCUCCUUACAGAUGCCUGAAGCAGCUGAACCUGCAGCCCCUGAGCCACAACCGGCCACCUCUGCAGGCCAGCCCAUCACCCCCAAGCCUGCAUCUCGGGCCACUCGGGGCAGGACAAAUAAGUCCUUUGUCCAGACACCUGAAGCGCUUGUACACACGGCCACCUCCACACACCAGCCCGAUACCCCAGAGCCUGCACCCCAGGCACCUCGGGGCAGGGCGAACAGGUCCUCCAUCCAGACCCCCAAGCCAGUUGUCCCUAUGGCCUCCAAGCUCCAGCCUGACACCCCAGAGCCCAUAUCUUGGGCCACUCAGGGCAGAACUCGUAAGUCGUCUGUCAAGAGCCCCAAACUAGUCUUGCCAACGAGCUCUGAGCAGCAGCUGCCUACCUCCACUGACCGACCCAUCACCCCCAAGCCCACACCUCGGGCCACUCGGGAUAGGACAAGCAGGACCUCUGUAAGGACCCCUGAAGCAGCUGAACCAGCAGCCCCCAAGCUGCAGCCGUCCAGCUCUGCAGACCGGCCCGUUACCCCCAAACCUACGCGGUGGGCCCUGCGGGGCAGGACGGGUAAGGCCCCCAUUGAGAUUACUGAGCCAGCAGAGUUGUCAGCCAGGGACCCUGAGCCGCCCACUGCCACAGGCCAGCCUGUCAACCCCGAGAGCGUAGCUCACGGUGGGGCGGCCCCUGAGUCCUGGCCUCCUGUCACCACUGACCAGCAUGUGCCCUGGAAACCCAGCCCUCACACAGGGCGUGGCCAGAGACAGAAGACUGCUGGGAAACGCGGCUCUGGCUCGGCUGCCACUAACCAUCAGCCUCGAUCUGAGCCAUCCUUCGGGGACCAGAGAGCAGGCAGGCGGAGAGCAGCUGCGUCCCUCAAGGCCAUCCCGGGCCCUUCCUUUUCCCAGCCUCCUGAGGCACCUAUUCAAGCUCCCCAGGUCCCAAAGGUGGAAGCAGCAGAUAGCUUUGGGUCCACCCAAGAGCCCCAGCCUGCAGCCUCUCAGCAGCGCAAGAGGCCUUCCCCUGGCACAGAUCCAGCCCCUCUCCUAAAGCGGCCCCAAAGAGAAGGCUCCCACAAGACAGUAGUCCCCAAGGAAGAGGAGGAGGAGGUUGCUUUAGAAAAGCCAGAGAAGGCAGAGGAUGUGGUGACUCCAGAACCAGGCAAGAGGAAGAGAUCACAUACAGAGGAGGAGCCCCAGGAAGCUCCGAAACGGGGCCUCCGCAGGACCAAAUCUACCCAACCAUCAGCAGCCCCCAAAGUCCUCUUCACGGGCGUGCUGGAUGCCCGUGGGGAGCAGGCUGUGCUAGCCCUGGGAGGCAGCCUGGCCAGCUCUGUGGCAGAGGCCUCUCACCUGGUCACUGAUCGCGUCCGCCGGACAGUAAAGUUCCUGUGUGCCCUGGGGAAGGGCAUCCCCGUGCUCUCCCUGGAGUGGCUGCAUCAGUCCCGCAAGGCUGGUCACUUCCUGCCCCCGGAUCAGUACGUGGUGACCGAUCCUGAACAGGAGAGGAAUUUUGGCUUUAGCCUCCAGGAUGCCCUGAGCCGGGCUCGGGAGCGAAGACUGCUAGAGGGCUAUGAGAUUUACGUGACCCCUGGGGUCCAGCCCCCACCACUGCAGAUGGGAGAGAUUAUUAGCUGCUGUGGCGGCACCAUCUUACCCAGCAUGCCCCGCUCCUAUAAGCCCCAGAGAGUGGUGAUCACCUGCCCCCAGGACUUGCCACGCUGCUCCCUGGCAUCCCGGGCCGGUCUGCCCCUCCUGUCUGCAGAAUUCCUCCUGACGGGGGUCCUGAAGCAGGAGGUCAGGCCUGAGGCCUUCGUCCUCUCCUCGCAGGAACCGGCUUCCACUUGAAAAUACCAGUGCGCUUCUGCUUCCUGUCAGAACACAGCUGGACUGACCCUCGUCGACGCAGCUGUUACGGCAGGAGCUUGAGGGGAUGUGUGGACGAGCAGAUACGCAGGUCAUGGGAUGUGCCUACUGUGCGUGUCUUCGUCCCUCCCGCCACCCAGGUGGAAGCUUCCUUCUUCAGCUUCGAAGCUGAGUAAAUCUCUACACAUCUGACCCACUUCCCCAGUGUUUAUAAGAUGAGCUUCAGCAUGAUCCCACUCACAAAUAAAUGGUCACUCUGUGCCUUAA